AUGACUGUUCCCAGUUGCUUCGCUCCUGCCAAGUUUCUGAAGCUGUACUCGAAAAGGGUUUGGGAACCAUCCUCCUCGCUCAUCCACCCAGUGCAGCUUCGCUCCAAUCAGCCUCCCUCCUGGAACUCCCCCCUCUCCCAGGGCCUCCAUCCCGGUCGGUCCCGGAGUCUCUCUUCCCGCCUCAAACUUCCCGCAGACCCGCCCCGCGCCCUCCCAGGCUCGCCCGAGCCGCCGCCCCCUCCCCCUCCCCGCCGCUCCCCACGUGCUGAGAGCCCGGGUCCCGGCAGCACCGACGCGCCGGCUAAGUACUCGCCACUCGCGGUUCUUCCCUCGCGGCCCGGCCGGCCCCAAGCCGGAGAGGCCCAGGCCGGGCAGCCCGGGUGGCGCAAGGAUGCGCCCUGCGGCCGUCGGCCUGUGCUCGCCGCUCACACGCCCCCUGUGCGCCGGGCCCGUCCGCCGCCACCCUGGCCUUCGCCCGGCCGCUGGGCCGACGCCUGGGUACCGCGUCGCGCCCGCCCUCCGCCGGGCCGGCUCCUGCCCUCCCCUCCACACCCUGACCCGCCCGCCGCCCCCUUUCUUACCGGCGGACGUGCGGGCUUAGCGGGGCGGAGGGAGCCGGCUAGGGUCGGCGGCCUCCCCCGCGCCCGGGCCCGCGAUCUCAGCCGCCGAGUCCUCGGGCUCCCGGCGUCUUGGGCACCAAACGCGAGGGCAGCCAAAGCUAGAAGUAACGAGUCUUCGUCGCCACCGCCGUCGCGCGCGCGCUCCCGCUCCCGCCGCUUAUCGGCCCCCGGCAGCCGCCAUGACGCCAAGAGAGCGAGCGAGCGCAACCGUCUCCGUCGUAGCCGCCGCCGCCACCGAGGUCGCCGUCGCCUCCGCCUCCCGCGCGACGUCCCUCCCUGAAGGGUGCGGCGCUGCAUCGCAACAACAACAACAAAAAGCUACUCGAGGGAUGUUGGUAACUGUCUCAGUUUAACGUACUGCAAUUUAGUUGACGGUUUCAUUCAUAACUGUAACUGUGGGCCUUAGUUACAACCCUUCCAAUGUGUUGGAAACACUGUCUUUUUAAGCAUGAUGGUGUCCCUCUUUAUUUUUUGAAAGCAUUGUUUUUUUAAUCGAAAUUCUUCUGCCCUUCAUUUAUUU